CGAUUUUCUCACAACUGCUCCUGUUCCGACACGGCAAGCUUGUCCCUCUACCAUGGCCUAAAUCUUCAAGUAAUACAAUAGCAAAAUUUUCUAAAUUCUCAAGUAAUUAAUUUAAAUAACCGGAAAUAAUGGCGUUAAUGCUUAGAAAAUCAGUUUUACCCAAAAACAUUUCUUUCCUGAAAUGUAUCAAGGGGCGGCCAAUUGCUUCUACCAGCUUCAGGAAAAAUCCAGCUGUUCUAUCUAACAACGCUUGGAAGAAAGUCAUCCGAGGAUACUCGCGGAAACAAUUUGAACGCCCUGAGCCAAGUGUAAGGAAGAUGAAGUUAAACCCGAAUACCACGAGGCAGUCCGUGGUACCUCGCAGAAGUAUGUCAUCGCCUUGCAUUUCAACUAGAAUUCCAGAACGCUUUUUGACCUCUCUAAAAAACUCGCGAUCCAUGACGAUGCAUACCAGGCCUCAGUUGUUUCAAUACCGAUGUUAUUCUCGGGUCUGCGCCGCGCAGGCCUUACACGCUGCUGGGACAUGCAGCUGCCUCCCUCCACCAUGCGAUUGCCCUCCCAAAUGCAUCCAAUACAUGACUGGCUAUUACUACUACCCGUACGGCACUUGGUUUUGCGGGCCCUACCAUGUGACUGGGACCUGCACUCCAUGUGGCGGGCCCGUGACAACUGGAGGGCCGUGUGGUCCGGGUGGUCCCUGUCCCGGAACUCCAUGUGGCCUUCCCGGCAUCGGUCCGUGUAAGUGCGGCCCCUGUUUGCCGUGCUGCGGGUGCGUCUUAGAAAAUGGUAACACAAACAAUUACACAAUGUCGCAUCCGCACUGCGUACCAUUUGCGUCAGGUGUCCCAGGACCAUUUCACGGAACAGUAGACAUGUAUGGACGGUUUGGGUCAGGCUUAAGCAGCGGUGGAUCGUUUGGUUAUAAUAUGAAUGGUAUCCAAGAUCCCAUGAAUGUAUUUGCAUCACACGGAGUACCUGGAGGUUUCCACAACGGGCCGGUGGAUUUUUCAGGACAAUAUACCUCCCCAUACACCCCGUACCAGGCGUCGUACCCACAACAAACAUUUGAUCCUAACAUGCCGAUGAAUCCAUCGCAACAUAAUGCCUAUAAUCAGAGCUGUGGACCAUGUUUCAAUGUUCCGAUCCAGCCUGUUGAAGUAGAGCCGUUCAUGAUGCCUGAAAACUUCCCUCAGUCUGGAUUUAACACGCAACCACAACCAGCACCAGAAGUGAAGCAGAAAUCGAAAUGCAAUGCUUUUCCAUUAUACCGUAAUCCAGAGGAAAGAAAAGAUUCGAAAGGAACCUCGUCCCCAGCGGAAUGUCUUACAUCAGCAGCAUACUCUUAUAGGACUAAUCCUUUGUCAAAAUCACCCAAGUUUCAAAUCCCAACGCCGUAUAAGACUAGAUUUGAAAAACCCAGACCAUAAGUCACUAUGUAAACUAAGUUGCUCGGAUCAAACAUCAUUCAAAAUCCGAGUAACGUAAAUAUUGAUUGUUGACUUUGUAUGGUGAACGACUAAGAAAAAUUGGUACACAAGCUUAGUUGUUAAAAUGACCAUAUUAUUAAGAUAAAUAAAAUAUUCAACAUUUA